CAGAAGAGGAUGGAAAGAAAAGCAGAGAUGGAGAUCCCAUUGAUUCAUGAAUCUGAAAAUGAUGAGAGAAGAAAAUGUUGGGAUGAGGUUUCCGGCGAAGUGAAGAAGCUGAUGGUUUUAGCUGGCCCUUUGAUUUCUGUAAAUCUUCUGUUAACUUCCCUGCAGUUCAUCUCACUCAUGUUCGUUGGCAAUCGCGGCGGCGAGCUGUCUCUCUCCGGUGCUUCCAUGGCCGGAGCCUUCGCUUCAGUAACGGGUUUUAGUCUUAUGAGAGGAUUCUCAGGCGCUUUGGAUACAUUAUGCGGUCAAUCAUACGGCGCCAAACAGUACCAAAUGCUGGGAAUCUUUAUGCAGAGAGGAAUGCUAGUGAUGCUUCUAGUCUGCAUUCCGGUGGCCGGCGUUUGGGCCUACACCGACCGGAUCCUCAGUUUGUGCGGCCAAGAUCCGGAGAUAUCUGACGCCGCCGGCGAGUACGCUCGGUUUCUGAUACCCUGCAUUUUCCCGUACGCAAUCCAGCGGUGUCUCGUCUCAUUUCUACAGGCCCAAAACAACGUUGUCCCCAUGAUGUUCACGGUCGGAAUCGCCGCUCUGGUUCAUGUACUCAGCUGUUGGGUUUUGGUGUUCAAAUCUGGGAUGGGCUUCACCGGUGCUGCAAUGGCUAAUGCCAUAUCUUCCUGGGUUAAUGUAGUGUUGUUGGGUGUUUAUGUGAGGGUUUCUCCUUCUUGUAAAGAAACAUGGACAGGGUUUUCCAAGGAUAUGUUUCAUGAUAUCAUCAAGUUUCUUAGAUUAGGGAUUCCUUCCACUGCCAUGCUCUGCUUAGAGAAUUGGUCAUUCCAGCUGAUGGUUUUGUUAUGUGGGUUUCUUCCAAAUCCCAAGCUGGAAACUUCAGUUCUUUCUAUAACACUAAAUACAUACGCCAUCGUUUAUACGCUGCCUCUGGGACUUGGUGGCGCUAUAAGUGUACGGGUGUCAAAUGAAGUGGGUGGUGGGAGGCCAAAUGCAGCGUGGGUGGCGGUGCGUACUGCGUUAGGGUGCGCGGCAACAGAAGGGAUUUUAGUAGGCAUAGCAAUGCUUUCACUGCACAAAGUAUGGGGGUAUGUUUACACCACUGAGGAAGAAGUUGUAAACUAUGCUGGCCAGAUGCUACUCUUGCUCUCUGCCUCUCACUUCCUUGAUGGCCUUCUAUGUAUUCUUUCAGGCACAGCAAGAGGAUGUGGGUGGCAAAAUAUUGGGGCAAUAGUCAACUUGGGAGCCUAUUAUUUGCUAGGGAUACCUGCUGGAAUACUCUUAGCUUUUGUCUAUCAUGUUGGAGGCAUGGGACUUUGGUUGGGGAUCACAAUAGCCCUCUUCGUACAAGCAGUACUGUUCUUUAUAAUUACUUUGCGAACAAACUGGGAAAAUGAGGCAAAGAAGGCUUUUGAUAGAGUACACAACACCAUGCAUGACCUUGCAGUUGCAUGAGGAUUGAGGAAUAUUUUGUAGACAAAUAUUGUGU